AUGGCUGAAAUUACAGGUACAACAUCACUAAAAAUUAAAGACUUAAAAAUACCGGACGUUAUUGAAUAUGGUACAAUGGAUGAACUAACAUUAGACUGUGAUUACGAUAUAGAUAAGGACGCAAAUGGUUUAGUUGUAAAAUGGUUUUUUGAUGAUACACAACAAAUAUACCAAUGGAUACCAAAGAACAAACCACAAGAUAGUGGUUUAUUAAAGGGAAAAAUUGAUUUAAAAUAUAAAGCAUCAAAUGAUUCAAAUAAAAUGUACCGAGCAUUACAUAUCAAAGAUGUCAAUCCACAAUUAACUGGCAAUUAUACGUGUGUUGUAUCAACAUUUGAUGAUGAAGUACGUGAAUCAAAACGGAUGGUUAUUUUUGAUAAGCAAGACGAAUUUAACUUAACAUUUGAUAAUGUGGAUGAUAAUACCAUAAAAAUAACCUGUUCUGCAACAAAUAUUUAUCCAAAACCUAACAUAACAAUAAAUGCAAGCAGGCCUGAUGUAAGUAGUGAAGUAGAAAAUGCAACGUUGGGUGAAGAUCAACUAUGGAAAAUUUCAACAUCAAUGCUUGUAGCUGUAAAUAAUCAACAUCCAGAAACGUUUGUAUGUGAACUGAAUAUACCUGAAGCGAAGUAUUCAGUGAGAAAAGAAUUAUAUUAUUCAAGCCAGGAAACGACUGAGAUCACAAGCUCUUCGUCGGAGAUGAGCCUUCAAAAGGCUGAUGACAACUCUGCUUAUGGAUACGGAGGUGGGAAUUGGCUGACAGCAUCCACACCGUUGGUGGUGAUAUUCGUAUCGCUACGGAUUUUAUUAGACUUAAUAUAAUUGUUUCUAACG